GCUCAUCGCCAGCCCUUAAUAAAAGGCGCAGCCCCGGCGCUGCGCUCUCAGCUUCCCCGCGUGAGACGCGACGCGCGCAGCCCAGCAAAGUAGCCUUACGCGGCGGCGCAGCCGGAGCCCCAGCCGAGAGCCCCACGUAGCGCGAUGAGCUCCAUCUUGGACGUCAACACCAUCUUCCAGAACCUGCGUAACCUGUCGCUGAGCGAGGACCAGGACAUGCCCUCCUCGCGCCGCGACUCCGCCUGUUCCCUGGACACGCCCUACAGCAGCGGGGACUCCUCCCAGCUGUGGCCACUUCGCAGCCACUGGAGCCCCGGCUCGGAGCAGCAGUUGCGCCCCCUCAGCGAGCCCGCCCGCCGCCCGCCUUUGCGGCCCGACCGCUCCAUCAGCCUCAUCGAGGGCAGCAAGGCGCUGCCGCCUCCUCCUCCGGGCUUCCCUCCCCUUAAGCUGCCCUCGCUGGCGGCGCCGCCACUCUCUUCCCGCUACAAGACGGAGCUGUGCCGCACCUUCAGUGAGACGGGCAAGUGCAAGUACGGGGCCAAGUGCCAGUUUGCCCACGGCGCGGCCGAGCUGCGCACGGUCAGCCGCCACCCCAAGUACAAGACGGAGCUGUGCCACAAAUUCUACAUCCACGGCGAGUGCCCCUACGGCUCCCGCUGCCACUUCAUCCACUCCAUCGAGGAGGCCCAGGCCUGCUCGCCGUCCUCGUCGUCGCCGCAGCUCCUGCGCCAGAGCGUCAGUUACUCCGGGGUGCCCGCCGGGCGACGCUCUUCCCCUCUGCACGGCGUUCCCGACCCGGCUUCCUUUGCCCGGGCGCCGUCCGUCUCGCCGCCUCCGGCCCCGGCCGACCUCCUCUCCCCGACAUUCGGGCACCUGAACUCUGAUCCCAUCUCUCGCUUCCACACGCUGGGGGAAGCCCUGGCCAUCCCAGCCUCUGGGGGGUGCUGUCCGUGCCGCUGCGGCAAGUCAGCCAGCUUGUCCGGCCCUCUCCAGACCCACCACCGGGACCUCUUCUCCGCUGCUCCAGGGACGCCGACCUCUGCGGCCGCUUCCGCCAACCUGCCCCGGACGCCUUCCUCCAACUCCCUCUCCGACCCCGACUGCUACAGCAGCUCCAGCAGCCUGAGCGGUUCCGACUCGCCCGUCUUUGACUUCCACGCCCCCAGCGGGCCUGUGGGGAGCAGCAACCGGCUCCCCAUCUUCAACCGAAUCUCCGUCUCCGAGUGAGCCUCGCGGCACCUUCGCCGAUUUGCAGAUUUAUGCGGGGAGUGAUUUGUCGCUGCACAGGUGUUACGUAUGACCUUCCCGGUUUGUGGGGCCUGUUCGAACCACCCUCUGGACUCGAUCCCUCGGAGCUGUCGCUGCUCCGGGGUCCUCAAGCCGCACGCAGGACUUCCUGGUGUUUUGCCGCGUCCUUUUCGCUGACGGAAGAGGGAGAGGAGAGCGCGAAAGAGGAGGCUGGAACCCUCCUUCCCGUCUCCCCUCCGUCCAAAUGUGCCUGGAAAACGCCUUUUAAAAGAGAGAGAGAAAUGAACAACAACCCAAAUUGGUUCUGGUUUGUUGCGUUUACCCCACAAGUGCCUUGUGCAGGCUCAAAGGGGGCACAGCCCCCCAACCCAAUACGUCAGGGCCCGAGAGUCUCGCUUGCGUCGAACAGCAGGUAGAUAGCGAUGCAAUUGGCAGGUGACCACAGUGAGCCUUUGACAGUGGGGCAGGGUCCCCCCCCUUCUUCCUCACCUGGGUUUUGCUCUUCCCCACCCUAGUGACCUCUGCCCCCCCAGCACACCCUUUUUAGCAUGACAAACCCACCACCAAAUCAUUUGACCCACCACUGCAGUGGAAACCGCAAAUCGGACGAAACAGGAUGAUUGGAGAGAGACUAAAGAGAGAGAUUGGCGAUGGCCGGGUUUGGCUCCCUGGCCGCCAGUUGCCGACCCCUUACAGAGCUCCACCUCUUAAAACUACGCAGAAGGAGGGGAAACAGUGCCUUGUCUCCGAAAGUGCCAUGUUAGUUGGGCAGAGAAAAGCCGAAAGUGCGAGGCUUAUUAUCCCAACUGUCCACCUCUCUCGUGUCUCUUUUCCCCAUCCUGUGAAAUUUUGCUAAUACGGGGUGGCAGCUAGGAGAUCUCUUUCCCCCCAAAAACAUUCCUUCAUCCCUCCCCAGUCUGCUAAACUCUUUUGCUGUGGUUUGGGGGGGAGAUGGGAGAUCACAGACACAUUGGAAGGGAUUCCAUGGGUCAAUCUAGUCACUGGCAUUCCUCUUGCCUGUUGAGCAUCGCUCCUCCAAACCCCAAGCUGCCCCAAAUAUCUCCGCAGUGGGGAAAUGGAGCAGUUCCGCCCUUCUCGUCGCCCCCGCCCCACUUUGUAUGUAGCAGAUUUACAAUUCCUCUCUGGGAAGGGGGGACAGACAACACGGCGGUUGGAAAUUGGGCGGAGAGGUGCAAUCCUGACGACGCUUCCUCUGCCAGUUUCCUCGUUUAUUUAUUUUUUAAAAUGAAAAAAAAAAGAAAGAUAUAUCUCUGGUUGCUUCUAACAUACUGUGAAUUCCUGGACCUCGCUGCCUUAAUGGGCAACCCCCUUCCCCUCGCACACAAACGACAAGGGGCUGAGAGUUGGGUUUAAAAUAAAAUCAAAAUAGCAUUGGCCCCUAGCAUGGAAGUUGGAGGAGCCUUGAAUUUUUCUGAGAUUGCAAAAUAAGAGACUCUGUGGUUUUCUGUCUUUUGGUGGAAGGGUGAAAAUAAGCCACCUAGGUGUGUCUUGCUAUUUCACAACAUAUUUACACUGAUCACUAGGAGCGUCAAAGGAUGGAGAUCAGGGGUUAAAGGGGGACUGAGCAGCCAUGAGGGGAUGGGGUGGAAUUCUUAAUCUUUUAUAUAUAUAAAAUGUUGAUGCUAACUACCUGCGUCUAAUUAUUGUGGGGAACGUAUGUGUCUGUGUGUAUUUUUAUUUCAUUUAAAAUGAGCCCUCAAUGUUUACCUUGUAAUACUGCGAUAAGCGAAAAAACCGAAAUGUAAACUAUUUAUAGACACUUUAUUUAUUCAAACAAUUUUAUAUACUAUUUAUCUUUUUUUGUAAUAUUCCAAAAUAAUAUAUAUAUAUAUAUAUUUUCGUGUUUGAAAUAUGGGGAAAAAGAGAACAUUGUGCUAAAUUUAAAUUGUUUAUGGAAAAAAAAAUAAGUUUGCUACUUUCUUCGCUAGGGGAAAAAAUGUUUGCUAUUUCUUUUCUCAAUGUGAGAAUUUCAGAUAAAAAAAGCAACUAAUAAUGGUGCCGUUAAUAAUAAUUAUUAUUAUUGAUAAUAAUAAAUUCAAAGAUCGAAAGGA